GCAGAGCCAGUAGCAGCGGAUGGCUGCCUGCAGGAGGAGCAGGAAGCUGCUGCACUGAAGAGAAGGAGGAGGAGGAGACGUCUGACACAGCUGCACUACCUGAACCACUAGCAGGGAAAUGGACACAUGUUGAGUGAUCUCCAGCAGCAGGAGGGAGGGAAAGAAGCGGCCAGUUGCAGCAGCAAGCAUCCUGUGGACCCCUGGCUGGAGGCAAGCAGCUCUCCUUCACAGCAGCUGCGAGGUUAUGCCAUGCCUCAGACUUACUGGGUGCCUGCUAAUGAAAGAGAAGGGUUGAUAAUAACCCAAAUUUUGCAUGACGGCCCAUAGAUCAUAAACCAAGAUGGCAGCUGGAAAUACUGCUCCUUUAGGAGGCAUCUUCACUACUGUGCAGCAGGAUGGUGAGGAUGCUGAGAUGGCCUUUCAUGGCACAGAAGAUGAGGAGGAUUUGGACAAGACCUUGGCUAUCGAACGGUUUGGAGACCUGAUCAGCAAAUCUGUGCUAAGAGACCAGGAGAAGCAAGGCCGCAGCUACUGUGAGAGCGACUUUGAAUUUCAUCGCCAGACGUCCCACCAUAUCCAUCACCCCCUCUCCACUCACCUGCCUCCACCCCACAAGUCCCAGAAGAAGCUUCCCCACUCUGACAGGAAGAAGAAGAAAAAGAGAAAGCUAAGGAAGACCUCUAUGCCUCCCUCGAAUGUUACUCCAACCAUCCAGGAGGAAGAGGAAGAAGAGGAGGAGGAAGCAGAAUCUGAAGGGGAAGAGGCUCUGGAGAAGGAAACCUCAGCAGAGUCUGACCUUGAGGACUCUCCAAAAGGGGAAUCUCAUGGCAAACUACAAGUAGAGCUGACAGAAGAAAGCAUUGAGUUCACCAUUGGGAGUGAGGAGGAGGAAGAGGAGGAGGAAGAGGAAGCCCAUGGUAAUCCAUGCACUUUGUCAUUUCAUGUGGCAGAGGAAUACAGUCAGUUGUCCCCACUCCCAUGUCUCUCCAAUCUGCUACCAGAGAAGGGACCUACCACUCCCAAGAGCUUCUCUGGGUACAGAGAUAAUAUAUCUCGGGGAUGGGACAAGCGCAAACCUUGGAGUCAGGUACCAAGUGGGCAGCGGUCAAACUACGACUUGAAGGAGAGAGUGUGUAUUGGUAGCAUGACUGCUGUGGAGAGUGCCACAUACCAGCGAAUCCCCACAGAUGAGGCUGAGGCUCAGAUGCUGGCUUCUGCUGAUCUUGAUGAUAUGAAAAGCCAUCGUUUUGAAGAUAAUCCAGGAGUCAGGAGACAUCUAGUUAAGAAACCCUCUCGGAGCCAGACUACAAGAUCCAGCAAAAAGUCUUUGUCCUCACAAUCUGUCAAGAAAAAAAAGAAAAAGAAGAAGCUUGACAGGAAACCCCAUGAGGUAUUUGUGGAGCUGAAUGAACUAGUAGUGGAUAAGAACCAAGACAUGCACUGGAAGGAGACAGCACGCUGGAUCAAGUUUGAAGAGGAUGUUGAAGAGGACACAGCACGGUGGGGGAAACCUCAUGUGGCCUCACUCUCCUUUCGCAGCCUUCUGGAGCUCAGGAAGACCAUCGCACAUGGAGCUGUUCUGCUGGACCUGGAGCAAACAACAUUACCUGGCAUUGCUCAUCUGGUGGUAGAGACCAUGAUAAUCUCAGACCAGAUCAAGGCUGAAGACCGAGCCAAUGUGUUGAGGGCCCUGCUGCUCAAGCACAGCCAUCCUAAUGAUGAAAAGGAGGCAUUCUUUCCCCGGAAUCAUUCCAAUUCCAGCAUGAACUCUGUGGUAGGAAACCACCACCACAACCACAACCACACUGUUGACACUUGCAUGCCGUUGAUGGGAGAAGAGCGCAUUGAAAUGACAGAACCCAGAAUCCUUGACCCUGACUACAGGGAGAAAAACAUGCACCUUCACAGCUCUGAGGGACAUCGCGGCAAAUAUCUCAAGUUGAUGGAGAAGAUUCCUGAUGAUGCUGAGGCCACCGUGGUGCUUGUUGGUUGUGUUCAGUUCCUCAAACAGCCAACAAUGGCUUUUGUCCGUCUAAAUGAAGCUGUGUUCUUGGAAUCAGUCCUGGAGGUUCCAAUUCCAGUCCGUUUCAUCUUUGUUUUGCUGGGACCCAGCCAAUCCAACAUGGAUUACCAUGAGAUUGGGCGUUCCAUCUCCACACUCAUGUCAGAUAAGCAUUUCCAUGAAGCUGCUUACAUGGCAGAUGAUCGCCAGGACUUGCUCAACGCGAUCAACGAGUUCCUCGAUUGUAGCAUCGUCAUCCCCCCUUCAGAAGUAGAGGGGAAGGAUUUGCUCAAAUCAAUUGCUACCUUUCAGAAAGUGCUGCUGAGGAAGAGAAAAGAACGGGAUCAGAAGAAGUCCAACAAAGAAGGGAAUGUUCAGGAAGCCAAAGAGCUGUGUGAAGUGAAAGCAGAAGAGGAAGAGGAGGGCGAGGAAGAGGAUGACCCUCUGAAGCGUACUGGCAUUUUCUUUGGCGGUUUGGUGCGGGACAUAAAGCGCAGGUACCCCAAGUAUCUGAGUGACCUCAGAGAUGCCCUGCACAGCCAGUGCCUCGCAGCCGUACUAUUCAUCUACUUCGCUGCUCUCUCUCCUGCCAUCACCUUUGGGGGACUGCUAGGCGAGAAGACUGAAGGCCUGAUGGGCGUUUCAGAAUUGAUCAUCUCCACAUCUGUGCUGGGCAUGCUCUUUUCUCUGCUGAGUGCUCAGCCUCUUCUUGUCAUUGGCUUCUCGGGGCCCUUGCUUGUCUUUGAAGAAGCUUUUUACAAGUUCUGCCAGAACCAGGACAUUGAGUAUCUGACAGGCCGGGUAUGGAUUGGCUUCUGGCUUGUUGUCUUCAUUGUCAUCAUUGUGGCUGCUGAGGGGAGCUUUCUGGUACGCUACAUCUCCCCCUUCACUCAGGAGAUCUUUGCCUUCCUCAUCUCCCUCAUCUUCAUUUAUGAAACAUUCUACAAGCUUUACAAGGUCUUUACAGAGCACCCGCUGCUGAGGUUCUACCCACCAUAUCAUCAAAGAAGUCUGAAUGCCAGCACAUUGCCUACUGAUUCUGUGGCUCUUGAAACUCAGAUGCAACCCAACACUGCCCUGUUGUCCCUUAUCUUGAUGCUGGGAACCUUCUUCAUUGCAUUUUUCAUGCGCAAGUUUAAGAACAGCCGCUUUUUGGGAGGAAAGGCCCGACGAAUCAUUGGAGAUUUUGGAAUACCUAUCUCCAUUCUUGUCAUGGUUCUGGUGGACUAUACCAUCACUGAUACAUAUACACAGAAGUUGAAUGUUCCUUCAGUAUUGUCAGUCACUACCCCAGAUAAGCGUGGUUGGUUCAUCCAUCCUUUAGGCAGCAAGCAGCCUUUUCCUAUAUGGAUGAUGUUUGCUUCUGCUAUCCCCGCAUUGCUGGUCUUCAUCCUAAUCUUUAUGGAAACCCAGAUUACCACCCUAAUUGUCAGCAAAAAGGAACGAAAGCUGAUGAAGGGGUCAGGCUUCCACCUUGAUUUGCUACUCAUUGGUACAAUGGGAGGGCUCUGUGCCCUGUUUGGGCUGCCUUGGCUCACGGCUGCCACUGUUCGCUCAAUCACCCAUGUCAACGCCCUCACUGUCAUGAGCAAGGCCAUUGCACCUGGUGAGAAGCCCAGGAUUGAGGAAGUGAAGGAGCAGCGAGUGACAGGAGUGCUCAUCGCUGGCCUUGUUGGCUUGUCCAUUGUCAUGGGGAAUGUAUUGAGCCAGAUCCCAUUGGCUGUGCUGUUUGGGAUUUUCCUGUAUAUGGGUGUGACAUCACUGACUGGCAUCCAACUAUAUGAGAGGCUCCUUCUUAUCUUCAUGCCAUCCAAGCACCACCCUGAUCACAUCUAUGUUGUCAAGGUGAAGACAUGGCGAAUGAACCUCUUCACAUGCAUCCAGUUAGCUUGCAUUGUGCUGCUGUGGGUGGUGAAAUCCACAGCGGCAUCGCUAGCUUUCCCAUUUGUCCUGAUCAUGACGGUCCCUCUGCGACGAUUCCUGCUGCCACGUUUCUUCCACGAGAGAGAACUCAAAGCGCUGGACUCAGAAGAUGUCGCACCAAAUUUUGAUGAAGAUGGGCGGGAUGAAUACAAUGAACUUCACAUGCCUGUUUGAGCUGACUAGCACAUGUCUACUGGCCUCAGUUCUUCCCUGGCUUCAUGGGAUAGGCCCUCUUUCCCCAUGCUGCCCCUGAACAACAAAGGAUCAGAUAUGGCUUUGAACUGAUUAUGGGCCUAGGCCAACUGGCAGCUGUGCCAUAACCUUCAAGAAGCUCUAGGCCACAAGAGAAGCCUUGGCCCAGCAGAACAAGAGAUGCUUCUUGCUUCUGGGCAUACACAGAACAUGGGGCCACUCACCAUCACUCACAUUCUCCUGAAACAGGUCUUGCUGGUAUUGUUGCUGUGCCAUGUGUAGGCCAGAGUAGAUAUCUUAGCCAGCUCACUUUAUUCUCUUCCCUCCAGGGGACAAGCAGAUUCCACUGCUUUGCCAAGGGAAAAACAGCAGCAGGCCAGUAACUGGGCUUUGCCAGAAAUGGUAGGCUUCAUGUCAUUCAGACAGAGCUAACAGAUUCCUAAGUUGGGGUUGCAACUGGCACCUCCAUGCUGAACCUUAGCCAUUCAAUCCUAUGAACAUUCAAGUGUUUGUGGUCCAUCUGCUGUUCUGCAUGAUGCCUUCAGCUGGAAUAUCCUUCUUGUAGAAAACUCUGACCCCUUCUAUUUGAAGAAUGGCAGUGAUGCUGGCUGAAGAUAGCCAACUGCUGUGAGCACGAGCAGGAUCUCCUGCAUCCCUAUUUGCUCUGUAAGUGCAAUGCGGGUUCUUGUGCAAUACUCAUGGUACAUGUAACUUGUCAUGCAUGGUACUGUGCCUGUUCUCACCAUCUCUCAGGACAGCCAUAAAGGUUUUCCAAGUAGUCAGUGAUUUGUGAAAUAGAUCUCCACUCAUAUGGGAAAAGAAGUACAGGAGAAACUUGCCAACAUAACCUGUGUACCGGGAACAAACUAACUUAAAGACUGAGUGAAAAUAGCAUGACCACCAUAACCAGAUAUGAAAAAGAGCAUUGCUGCCUUGGGAUUUGCCUGGUCCAGAGAACAGAAAUCUUUCACAGUUAUUACCAGAUUUUCUGUUUUGGACUGUAGCUUGUCCUUCACUAUUCCUAGCUUCAGCUUCUUUCUUGCUCUGGUCUGCAGUUAUGGAUUGCUGUUGCAUUUCUCACCUUACACUUGCCUUCUAGUGGUCUCCACUAGAAGGCCUCUGAGGGCCAAGCCUCCAGUAAGGCCACCCAUAGCCAGGCCUUAGCAACUGGAGGGCAUCUAUGGCUUUGAACCAUUGCACUAUAUGAGCCCUCUGUAGCAUAAGAAGUUUCUCUUCAUUUGUCUCUUUACACAGUUCAAUGGCUUCCAAUUCCUGGACUUACUUGGGCUCUAAAAUUCACUGCCCCUUCCUCAAGCCUUCACACCCUACCACUUCAUCCAAUAGCUGCCUUGAUGUACUCUUCUUAAACCCUACUUCUUUCCUUUUUAUCUUCAACUGGCAUAUAAAGAAAAUUCAGAUUUUGUGACAGGAUCAAAUUGCAGAAAAUAUGCAUUGGCUUCAGUCACUAAAUUUGAUUUUUUUUUAAUUUAUUUUUUUUUUAAGAAUCAGAAUACCUUGCUCUUCAUUGGUGAAUGACAUACGUUCAGUCCUAGAAGUCAUUCACAUGACAUAGUCCAUGGGACUGAGCUCAUACAAAUAGCAUACAGCUGGAUUUCAGUGCAAGAUUCAGAUUAGGAGCUGCUGCCCCAUUAAGUCAUCAUAUGGGGACUCUAGUGAAUUGUGAAGUCCUGUUUUAUAAAUCUGUUAGAUUAUGUACGUGGAAUAAUGGGGUGUGCAAAAGUGCCAGCCAUGACUCCUGCUACAGCCAGGCGCAGAACCAUGUGGCUUAAGAGUGUGGCUUAUGGCGCAACUACUGCCUGGCCCCUGUCAAUAAAAUGGAGGCACUCCCUCCCCACCUACCUCAGGGGCUGCUUGUUGAUGGCUGGAUAGUUGAGAGGCCAUAUGUAUUCCUCAUUCCCAGCUGGCUGCCAGACUGCCCCACCCACAGACAGUGACCUCCAUUGUGCCCUGUGUAGCCAGGACUGGAAACUUGAACUGUUGGCGCAGAGUCCCCAGUACUCUGCAUUUGCAUUGCAACUCUUCUGAAUGUAGUAUGAAUGAAUAUGGCUGCACCAAUAAACCCUUCACUGGAA